UUGGGCUGCCCUUUGCCCAGGGAGUGCCCAGGACAGUGGACUCGGGAGUUCUCAGUGUAGUGGUGGAAUCCAAGGGGUUAAAGGAGUCAGGCCCAGUACUGUUUGGUGUUUGUAAAAGUACAGAUAGUAAGGGCAGGAGGAGUUAAGUGGGCACUUAGUUUGGACUCAAGCAAGUCUUCCCACCUCUCUGCCCUUGUUCUGGGCAAUUCUUUGGACCAUGAGAGACCCUCUUACUAUGCCCAAGAGAAAGAUCCCCAGUUGAGGUGCUGAAUUGGACAGAAACCUGGUUAGGCCACCUGAAGAGAGAAUUCCCUCCUGAAGGAGCUCAUCAGCAGGGGGCUGGAGUAGGUUCCCCGACAACGGCCAGCCUAUCUGACACUUCCAUGAAUGAGGAAAUCCCAGAGGCCUUGCAGGCAGGAGGAGACCCAGCACCCCAAAGAAGAACUCGGAGAUGCCUGUCAGCUGGGGAACCCAGCAGGCAGUUUCGGGAAGAAGAGGAGGAAGAGGAAAAUGGCUUCCAGCCAGUGCCCCUCCGAAGACCAAAAGCCUAUCGUGCCCGAAACUAUAUUUGUGACCCUCUCAGACGUCACAGUUGGGAGCCUGGUAGUGUAUUUCAGGAUGCUGCCAGUGAUCCACUGGGAGGCAGGAACCUGCAAAAACUGGGGCCCAGGGACCCCCGGAGAAUUCCCUUACUGCAAAGUCAGGAGGAGCUGGAGACACUUCUGAGGCUGCAGGACCAGAGUGCCCAACCCCAAUACCUGGUUCAGAGUUCCCACCAUCCAUCCUCUGGUCCCUUGAAUGCUGCCUGUGGCAUCCUCUCCAAAUCUGUAUCCAUGAGCGGUAUUGAUGGCUACUUGGAUCUAGAUGGUGAUGAGAAUUUACCCCGAUCUCCUGAUCCUGACUUCAGCAACGGUCUCUGGGGAGGCAGCUGCAGCCAACUGGACGUACAGCUCUCAGGAAAACGGGCGGGCCACUCCCUUCAACGGACCCUCAGCCUCCUUUGGGGCAUGACGGGCAAGGCCAAGAACCGGGAAAAAGAGAAGAUGAAAGAAGCCAAGGAUGCCCGCUAUACCAAUGGGCACCUUUUCACCACCAUCUCUGUAUCAGGCAUGACGAUGUGCUAUGCUUGUAACAAAAGCAUCACGGCUAAGGAAGCCCUUAUCUGCCCAACUUGCAACGUGACCAUCCAUAACCGCUGUAAAGACGCUCUUGCCAACUGCACCAAGGUCAAGCAGAAGCAACAGAAGGCUGCCCUGCUCAAGAACAGCACAGCUUUGCAGUCCGUCUCCCUUAGGAGCAAGACCACCAUCCGGGAGCGCCCUAGCUCUGCUAUCUACCCCUCUGACAGCUUUCGCCAGUCCCUACUUGGCUCUCGACGAGGCCGGUCCUCCCUUUCCUUGUCUAAGAGCGUCUCCACUACCAACAUUGCUGGGCACUUCAAUGAUGAGUCCCCUUUGGGUCUUCGAAGGAUCCUUUCUCAGUCUACAGACUCCCUCAACAUGCGAAACCGAACGCUGUCUGUGGAGUCUCUCAUAGAUGAGGGUGCAGAGGUGAUUUACAAUGAGCUGAUGAGUGACUUUGAGACAGAUGAGAAGGACUUUGCAGCAGAUUCCUGGAGUCUGGCAGUAGACAGUAGCUUCCUACAGCAGCACAAAAAAGAGGUGAUGAAGCGUCAGGAUGUCAUCUAUGAGCUGAUCCAGACAGAGCUACACCAUGUGAGGACACUGAAGAUCAUGACCCGGCUGUUCCGAACAGGGCUGUUGGAGGAGCUACAGCUGGAGCCAGCCCUGGUGCAGGGCCUUUUUCCUUGCGUGGAUGAGCUCAGCGAUAUCCACACCCGCUUCCUCAGCCAGCUAUUAGAGCGCCGGCGCCAGGCCCUUUGCCCAGGCAGCACCCGCAACUUUGUCAUCCACCGACUAGGGGACCUGCUCAUUAGCCAGUUCUCAGGCUCCAGUGCAGAGCAAAUGCGUAAGGCCUAUUCUGAGUUCUGUAGUCGUCACACCAAGGCACUAAAACUCUACAAGGAACUAUAUGCUCGAGAUAAACGCUUCCAACAGUUCAUCAGAAAGGUGACCCGUUCCACAGUGCUUCGGCGGCAUGGGGUGCAGGAGUGCAUCUUGCUGGUGACACAGCGUAUCACCAAGUACCCUGUACUCAUCGAUCGGAUCCUGCUGCAUUCCCGUGGCAGUGAAGAGGAACACAGGGACCUGACAACAGCCUUGGGGCUGGUGAAGGAGCUGUUAUCAGCAGUAGACCAGGAGGUGCACGAGCUAGAGAAGGGAGCUCGCCUGCAGGAAAUCUAUGGACGUACAGACCCCCGUGCCCAGGCCCCGGUGCCUAGCAAGGGUCCCUUUGGCCGAGAAGAGCUUUUGCGUCGAAAGCUAAUACAUGAUGGUUGCUUGCUGUGGAAGACAGCCACAGGGCGUUUCAAAGAUGUGCUGAUGCUGCUGAUGACAGAUGUGCUAGUGUUCCUUCAGGAGAAGGACCAGAAAUACAUCUUUCCUGCUUUGGACAAGCCAGCAGUAAUCUCACUGCAGAACCUGAUUGUUCGGGACAUUGCUAACCAAGAAAAGGGGAUGUUUUUGAUCAGCGCUGCUCCCCCUGAAAUGUAUGAGGUCCACACAGCCUCCAGAGAGGACCGAAACACUUGGAUCCGUGUCAUCCAGCAGAGUGUGCGUGUGUGUCCAUCCAGAGAAGACUUCCCCUUGAUUGAAACAGAAGACGAGGCCUAUCUUCGACGGAUCAAAACGGAGCUGCAGCAGAAGGACAGGGCACUGGUGGAGCUGCUGCAGGAGAAGGUGGGACUCUUUGCUGAGAUGACGCAGUUCCAGGCAGAAGAAGAUGGAGGGGGUGGAGGGCCACUGCCCACCUUGCCCCGUGGCCUCUUCCGCUCUGAAUCUCUGGAAUCCCCUCGUGGGGAGAGACUGCUACAGGAUGCUAUCCGUGAGGUGGAGAACCUGAAGGACCUGCUAGUUGGACCUGGGCUAGAUCUGCCCCUGCCUGCACGGGAAUCGGCCUUGUCCUUGGAGCCUGACAGCAGUGGCAACACCAGCCCUGGGGUCACUACCAAUGGUGAAACAAGGACUUUCAAUGGUUCCAUUGAGCUCUGCAGAGCUGACUCAGAUGCAAGUCAGAGGGAUCGAAAUGGGAACCAGUUGAGAUCUCCCCAGGAGGAGGCCCUGCAGCGACUAGUCAACCUGUAUGGACUUCUCCAUGGCCUUCAGGCAGCGGUGGCUCAGCAAGACACCUUGAUGGAAGCGAGGUUAUCUGAGGGCCCCGAGCGACGGGAGAAGCUAGUGUUAUCCCGAGCCAACUCUCGAGAUGGGGAGGCAGGCAGGGCUGGGGGUGCCCCUGUGGCCCCAGAGAAGCAGGCCACAGAGCUGGCCCUGCUGCAGCGACAACACGCCCUGCUCCAAGAGGAGCUCCGUCGAUGCCGGCGUCAGGGGGAGGAGCGGGCAGCCGAGGCAGGAGGGUUAGAGGCUCGUCUUCGGGAGAGCGAGCAAGCCCGCGCCCGACUGGAGCGUGAGGCAGAAGAAGCGAGAAGGCAACUGGCUGCCCUGGGCCAGACUGAGCCUCUCCCAGCUGAGGCUCCCUGGGCCCGCCGGCCUCUGGACCCCCGGCGUCGAAGCCUCCCUGCAGGGGAUGCCCUCUACUUGAGCUUCACCCCCCCUUCCCAGGCUGUGCCCCAGAUAUGCCGAGGCCACGACCGCCUAGAUCUGCCCUUGUCUACCCGCUCUAUUCAUCGUACCUUUGAGGACCGAGAGGGGCCUGAGCUAGGCAGUCCUGAGGAGCGGCUACAAGACAGCAGCGAUCCUGAUACCGGCAGUGAGGAGGAGAGCUGUUGUAGUCGCCUGACCCCACCACAUAGCCCCCGAGAUUUCCCCCGAAUGCAGGACAUCCCAGAGGAGAGCGAGAGUCGAGAUGGAGAACCUAUUGCCUCAGAAAGUUAAAGGGGCUCUUUUCACUCCCUUCCUGAUUCCCUCCAGGGCUAUUACUGGAGGAAGAAGAGUUGGGGGAGUAGCCUUUGGAUGUCCAUAUUACAUAGGUGGAGGGGACACCUAAUAGAACUGCUGACUGUUGUGUGUCCCCCACCCCUCACCCCAGAACCUCCCACCUCAGGGAGAGUGGGGUUGCUUGAGGGGGUCAGAAAGCUGUGGGAUAUGCCCUCCAGUGGCAUCCACAAGCAGCACCACAGAUGCCAAUUUUUCAGACCCCACCCUCACCCCCCCAAUCUGGAAAGAUUUAUUUAUUUAUUGUUUAUUAGGUGGGUGGGAGGGAGGGACUUAAAGGACCAGGGAUAAGGGAACCAAGCCAUAAAGGGUCAGAAAACCUGGCCCUUUAACACUACUGGGGGAGGGGGGGAGGGAAGACCAACCAGGGGUUAACCCUUCAGUUACUGGACUGCAACCCGGCACCCUUCAUCCUCAUAUUUAAGUGGGGGCCAAAAUUACCCGAACCCUUCUGCCCUUUAAAAAGGGAUAUGGAUAGGGCAAGUGUCCCUCCCACUACAGACCUCCUAAUGCUGCUCAUUCCAACCUCCAUUGUAGCUCCUGGGGGGUCCAGGUGUCUAGGAACCCAGAGUGGUCUGGACUGGAGAUUGGGGUGGGACCAGUGGUAAUGGUCGGAGAGCCUUUGGGACCACAGUGUUUUGGUGUUUGUUUUUUUAUUUUGUUUUUUGUACCAAAGCUGACUGCACGUGUUUUAUAUUUUUAAGAGAAGAUCGUAGGCAAUUAGAAAUGCUAAUUCUAACUACCCCAAGUCUCAGAAGAAACUUAGGGGUGAGGUUGGGCAACAAUACUGGCUCACCAUAAUCUGCCCUGGUGGAGGACCUUUCCUGGCUCCUCUCACUAGCCUAUCUCCACUCAACCAGUUGGGAAUGCAUCAAGGAGGUAUAGGAAAUAUCUGGGGGCCUUGUGGUCUGGUUUGAAAACCAAUCUUGAAUUUUGGUUUGGGGGGGAUAUUAUUAGCAAGUGUCAAAUACCCUCCCCUCUGGGCCCCAGCACUUUUCUGAUGAUUUGAUUGUAAAAAGACCAAGCACAGAGAAUUAAAGACAUGGAACCCCA